UCGCCAAAAUAACUCAAAAUACCAUGACUGGGCUCCUUUUAAGGGGAAUUCCCACUUGGAAGUUAUUUAAACUUGAUUACACGUUACAAAAACGAGUGUAAAAAACGAUCUGGAACCGUUAACUGCGUCAGCUAUUGAACAACUGUGGCAGCUUAGUUCAUUAGUGUUUGGUUAAGCUUUUCACGAAAGUCUAGAAAACGAAAUUCAUCAGAAACCGAAAUUCAAAGGCAUCACCCUUCGUGUAUCUAACAUGACUAUCAUAAGAUUAUAAACGAGUUGCAUUUGAGUACCAUCUCUAGUAUAUACAAUGGCGGCGAGAGAAGAUUUGGGACGCGAAGAACUAAGCUUUAUCUUCAAGUCUCUGGCAGAGAAAGGAGAGGAAGGCAGGCUAUACGAGAAAGGCAGCAAAUUUCUGUCCGGUAGUUUGCCACAGUAUCUAACGUCCAAGCUAGAAAAAACUGAGAACUCUAUUGUCAUCAAGGCGUAUGGAAGCGCAGCAGAAGAAUUAACGUGUUAUGAACCCUGUGAUCUAGGAGAUGUGGAUAUCAUGAUCUUUCCAAAUUCUUCUAAAUUGACAAUUCCCGAAGAACGGCUGGAAUAUUCACUGGAGAAUCCACUGCACGUGAGAAUCCGAGGAGACCAUCACUCCGCUUUACAGCCCUGCCUCGUGAAACACACCGAGUAUGUGGCCACGUCAGCUGUAAAGAAUUUCCAUCCUGCGAUCUUUGGGCACAUAUCACCGAAAUUAGUCAACUGUACUGCCCGCGCAAUUCUGGCAUUGUCAUCUCUGGAAACGCUUUCACCUAUUGUUACGGCUCACCUGAAAAACAAGACGACAAGCCCGGCCCUAAGCCUUAAUUUGUCUCAGUCGCUGGGUACUGUUUCACACCUUCGGAAACAAUGGGACAAUCACUUGCUGAUUUCGAAAGAAACACAGAGCGUCCCUAGUUUGACAGACGUAGUUAAAAACGAGAGUAAAUUCCUGGCCAGUCUCGAUACCAGGUAUAGACGCAAAGUCGAACUAUUUAGAAACAUCGUGCAAAAAUGCCGCUCAAAUGAUCUCGAAUUUCUUCCAAUGCUUUUGACUGAUCUUUCUCAAGAGCAUUUCAGUCGAGGUGAAGAGAUCAGAGCCGGACUUCAAGACACCGAAAGUCGAUCACAGAACAAAUCCAAGCACAGUGAUCCGCAAUCUGUCACGGUGAAGAAUGGCAAAGACGACGAAAGCGGAAGUAAUCCGCACACCUGCUUUGAUGUGACAUCGCCCUCUAAAGAUGGGUCGAGCGUGACUGUCACGACAAAAACAUGUGGGGCUGUGUCACGCCAAUCAACAACGCGAAGAAACUCAACAGAGAUUUGUUCCCCAUUACCAGAGGAACUGAUGUCUAAGCAAGUGACUGAGUAUGAAGGAACAGAAGGCCAAAGCGGAGAGAAAAAUGGCGGAGACAGCAGUGAGAGCAAAUGUCAGUCAAAAGCAGAACAGCAGCAGAAACGAACACAGUCAACCUCUAAAGAUCUUCCAAGCCAUCCAGAUGCUAAAAGAGAAAUGAAAAAAAUAACUCAUGAAAUCAAAACCAUGUAUAAUCGCUUGGUUGAACAUCUGUUCGGUGCAGGAACUCAAGUGGAGGAAACGAAAUUCCAGGGCACUGAAAAAACACAGCUCCACGAGAGAGUAAAAUUUGGAAUGGACAUAGUUCCAGCAUUCAGGACUCGUGGAUGGCCGGAAGUCGCAAGGGAGUGGAUCUCAAGAGAUCGAAAAUGGCCUUCCGCUGACAUUGUCGACAAGGUUAUUCAGGAAGGCUGCCAUUUGGUAGUAAAACCCCCAAGGAAUAAUGGCAACCCAGAUUGCGACUUCAGAAUAUCUUUCUCUCAUGCAGAAUAUCUGCUAAGUCAAGAGAUGAACCACAUCCAGCGCGAGUGUUACCGUUGUCUAAAGCGAUAUCAUCGGGCGUAUCUCUCCACUCAACCAGCCAGUUUGGUGACAUUCCAUCUGAAGAACAUUCUUCUGCAGACAAUUGAAGAAACCGGAGUGGAAACGUGGACCGAAAGCAACAGAGCCGGGUGCGUGAUGAAACUCCUUGGGAAUCUUUUGAAAGCGCUCACAAAGAAAGACUUGCGUCACUUCUUUGUGAGAUCCUACAAUCUGUUUAGUGUGGAUUAUAUUGAAGAUCCCAAGAUCCUUGAAAUCCUGGCCUGGAAAGUUGAGCAGAUCAUGAGCGAUCCCGUAAGAUUCUCAAAAGAACUGAUUCAGAAGCAAGCAGUUACAAGACAAAUUAAAAUGGACGACUGCGUUUCUGAGGGAAACGUUCCAAACGAGGAAGCAGCCCUGUCUGCAAAAUCUGUCGCUGGCCAACGAGAUGAAGGAAAUAAGGCAGUUCCAUGCCUUGGAAACUAUGACAACCGACACAAGAAAGAAAUGGAGGCACAAGGUGCCCUGCUAACGGAGGACGCGAAGCGAGGAGUCAGACCAACGGAGAGUGGUUAUCGAUACCACGGACUGAAUGAAAUUAUCAGCGAGAUCAUUAAUAAACUGAUCGACCACCUCUUUCAAGAGAUUAAACAAGUGAGUGAGCAGUUCAGCGACAAACUGGACUCGCUUAAGGUCUUCAUCAGCUCUGAUGAAGAAGUGAAGAAUGGAGACGACGACAUGACACAAGGGAAAACCUGUGAAGAAGCUUGGACAUUAUUGCGGAGAAUCCUUGAUCCCUCUGAUGAAAAUCCUUUCAAUUUGAGCCACACAUCAUCAUGUGAAGCUCCGUCACAAGUGAUUAAUAAUUCGCAUGGCAUGCCAUUAGACUGAUUUUGACUUAUUAGCGGGAGACAUUUGACAUUGUCAUACAUGGAGCAGUGGUGGAUCUAGACUGUGCUCAAACGGAGAGGCAGGAGUUCUUAGAUAGAAUGCUAGAAAAAACGUACUUUACUUCUUAAGGUCAUUCCCCAGUAUUGCAUUGCGCAUCCCAACUGCGCAUAAUUUCACGCGUGAUUAGCGC